GCUGUUCUAAUGAGCAGGACCCCGUCAUGUUUGGGCAGAUAAAACCAGCACAAACGCUGAACUGCAUCUAAGGAGGAUUCAGCACUCAGCAGUCUGUCAGAGCUUUGAAAACGAGCAGCGCUUUGAAAAUCCUCCCCCACACAAGCACCAUGAAGCAGUAACCUGCUGUGUGCGAGCCAAUUCUGCAUCGCAUAUCGUCGGAAAACAGAGUAUUUGCAACUCUAGUGCGAAGUAGAAAAGUUAUGCCUGGAGUUUGGAGUCGUUUUAUUUGUUAACAUGCAGAUUUGGUGAUUGUGUUUGUGCGUAAGGUGCGCGUUAAUGCGCUUAAAGGAACGUCACGCGCGCGGGACUCGAACGCAGGAGACAGCUCGAAUGUGCUUGAGUGUUUGUGAAAGGCAGAUAGGUUCGUGGGGACUAAUGUCAGAGAGGAAAGUGUUUUCGGACGGAAACUGUUUCAGACGGCUGGCGGAUGAGCGGAAAGCCCUCAGGCGAACUUGCCCCCUGGGUGAGGGCUGGUGCUGAAGCGGAGACGCGCGUCGCGCUGAGGAGAGGCACCGGAUUUCUACAGAAAUGCCCACCAACCUCACUGCUUCUGCCAGCCACACCGCACAGCACUCAGCCACGGACUACAACUUUCCCGCACUCGUAUUUGGAGUAUUGCUGAUCGUCGCGAUUAUCUGCGGGAACCUGCUCGUGUGCCUCAGUGUGUACAAAGAAAAGGCUUUAAAAACUACAACUAAUUACUUUAUAGUAAGUUUAGCCGUCGCUGACCUGCUCCUCGCAGUGCUGGUUCUACCCCUGUUUGUGUACACAGAGUUCCAGGAUGGAGUUUGGUCCCAGAAUAUGACCGUGUGUGAUGGCCUGAUGACCAUGGAUGUGAUGCUGUGUACUGCCUCCAUAUUCAACCUCUGUGCAAUUAGCAUUGACAGGUUUAUUGCUGUGUCUGUCCCACUCAAUUACAACCGCAAACAUGUGGACCAGCGGCAGAUUGUCCUGCUGUCUGCCACAUGGAUCCUGGCACUAGCCGUGGCCUCGCCUGUGCUGUUCGGCAUCAAUGAUGUGCCAAAUCGGGACCACAGCGAAUGCAAGCUGGAAAAUAACAACUAUGUGGUCUACUCAUCUGUCUGCUCAUUCUUUGUGCCCUGCCCCAUCAUGCUGCUGCUGUACUGUGGAAUAUUUCAGGGCCUCAGAAGGUGGGAGGAGGCGAGAAAAGCCAAGCUGAAGAGCAGCACGCAGGCUUGUCAAAAAUCUGAGGAGCCACCUGCAUCUCUCCCACCGCUGGCUUCUCUACCACCACCUCUUCCCCCUGUCAUAGAGAAUGACUUUACAGACCUUAAUCUGAAACAGAGGGACCAGAAUCCUGUCCCUGACAGUCCUUAUACAAUAGAAUGUAAGAAUGGGCCUGUAGCAUCUCUGACCUUUUCGGAUAGUGGUUACAACCAAGAUCAGAACAAGGAGAAGAAGCAGGCGAAGAUUAAUGGGAGGGAGAGGAAGGCCAUGCGUGUACUUCCUGUCGUGGUGGGUGCCUUCCUCUUCUGCUGGACUCCGUUCUUUGUGGUGCACACGCUGCGUGCUCUGUGUGAGGACUGUGACAUUCCCAGCAGCCUCAUAAGCAUCGCCACAUGGUUGGGUUACGUUAACAGUGCCAUCAACCCAAUCAUUUAUACUGUCUUCAAUACAGAGUUCAGAAAGUUCUUCAGGAAGUUCUUACCCAAAUGCUGCUAGACACUUUGCAUGCCUAAUGCUCAUUUGGACAAUAUGCUUGGAGCCUGACCAUGAUUGUAAAUUGAGGCAAUGCUUACAUCUUGUAAAUAGCAGAAUGUGUAUUCUACAUUGUUUUUUUAUUUACACUUAAUGUAGUGGGACACUUCAUAGGCUCUUAUUGCAUGUUGCACAUGACUGACGUUGUCUUCAGCCAAGGUCUUUUCUCUAUUACCCAAAAUUUCACACUAUUGACCAGGAUAAAGUAUUUACUUAA